GUGUGUGUGCCCAUCGAUAUAAAGUCGGAUCUAACCAGUCAUCUUCGUCAGAGCUCCUUGGUUGCUCCAAAUCUCGAAGUAACCCUAGAAGAUAGCCGUCGCUACUCGAAUUGAAAUGGCUCCGAAGAGAGGAGGUAAGGCACCGGUCGCGGGGAAAAAGAAGACGGAGAAGGUUGUGAAUCCGUUAUUUGAGAAGAGGCCGAAGCAGUUCGGGAUUGGAGGUGCUCUACCUCCGAAGAGGGAUUUACAUCGUUUUGUCAAAUGGCCUAAGGUGGUAAGAAUUCAGAGGCAGAGGAGGAUUCUUAAGCAGCGUCUGAAGGUUCCGCCAGCUAUUAACCAGUUCACCAGGACCUUGGACAAGAAUCUUG